AAUAACAGCGCUUUUUUUAACCGGUUAUUCUUCGAUAAAAUAACGUCAUUUCGAUCAUGAUACGUGUACCGCGGUUAGUUUGAUUAAAUCGGGAAAAAUGGCCAUCGAGCUGUUGGUCAAUCAAACAGCGACCACGGCGGUUUUCGACGUGGACGUGUAUAUUCGCCAGCAUCUCGGAGAUCGCGUUAUCCCGCACGCGCAUUUUUUCACGGGUGUCUACGGAACGCUGUUUGUCCUGGGUGUUGUGGGGAAUUUCAUCAACAUCUGCUUAUUGAUCGUAUGGAACCGGCACCGCCACUGGAACGGCAUCGAUCCCUAUUUGCUCAAUUUGGCCUUAACCGAUCUCCUGCAGACGCUCGUCAGUCUGCCGUUGGAGAUUUACAAAUACUGGAAUCAGUAUCCGUGGAGUCUGGGCCCGGCGUUCUGCUCGGCGGUGGCGCUGCUGGCGGAAGCGGCAUUAUGCUCCUCCAUCCUGACAAUCAUCGCCUUUACGGUGGAACGGUAUAUCGCCGUGGCGUAUCCGAUGAAGGCGCUGCAGAUGCAGCGUUCGCGGCCAUUUAAGAUCAUCCUCGCCUGUUGGAUUAUCGCCCUGAUUACCGCCAUUCCCUUUGCUUACUUCCAUAACGUGAAUUAUCUGCAAACGCCGGACGGCGCCAGCAUUCCCGAAGCGUCCUGGUGCGCCAUCCACUUCAACCUGCACGAGCAAUUAGCGCCGCUUUUCAUCGUUUCCACGAUCACCUUCUACGCUGUCCCGAUGAUCGUCCUUCUGGUGCUGCACCGGCGCAUCUGGCUGGUGGUCCGCGGCCGGACGCUGGACGGCGGCAGCGGCGAUGAGGAGAGGUCGGACGGGAGCGCCGAGGCCGAGGAGUCCUUCCGGCGCAGCGGACGCCUGUCCAAGCAGCGCUCCUCGGCGUCCUCGCGCAUCCAUGAGCACUGCCACCACUAUAGUCAGCGCGUCUUCUACGGACUGUUGGCCAUCGUGGUCAGCUUCUUCCUGUGUUACGGCCUCUUCCACGCCCAGCGCUUGAUGUUCGCCCUGGUGGACUGGAGCGACCAGCAGCAGCUGCGCCAGAUGGUGCGCAUCAACGACAUCCUGUUCCCGGUUUCUGGUUUCCUGUACCACGCCAAUCCGGCGUUGGACUCGGUGUUCUACUCGCUGAUGAGCGACAAAUGCCGGCAGAUGUGCGCGCGCCUGCUGCGCUGGGCCAACAAGAGCAAGGACACCUGUGCGCAUGCGCGCAGCGGCGUGCACCACCACCCCUUAACGCGCGACGGGACGGUGCUGUACCACUGCGGUCCUCCGCAGCCCGUGUGAAGUGCGCUGUCACACGAGAAAUUAUACCAAAUUUCCCAUAAUUGAUACUACAUAGUUUUGGAGUUUCUAUGUACCGGGCAUAUACGACUUCACGGCGCACUGGGCCGAUGGAAAUGCAAACAA